AUGGAAGAAACUGAUCGUGUAGGAUUACUUGAAAAACUUGGAACAGUUCAACAAAACCAAAAUUCAAGUCUUCCAAAAUAUGUGAUCCGCUCGAACAAACUCGGUCUUGAUUAUACUGCAUGGGUUCAAGACGACACUGGAAAUAAUUCGAAAUGUUACGUUUUAACUAUUCAUGAUAUCGGUUGUAGCCAUUCAGUUUUUACCGAAUUCGUCUCUCAACCGGAAAUGCGUGCUCUUAAACAACGAAUUGUUUGGGUACAUGUGGACUUGCCUGGACAAGAGGAUGAUGCUGCUGCUUUACCUAUUGAAAAAUAUCCAUCGUUAGAUGAUAUCGCUAGUGAAUUAAUCAAUAUUGUUGAUCAUUUAAAUAUUCCACAAGCAGUUAUCUUUGGCGAGGGUGCAGGUGCAAAUAUUGCAUGUCGUUUUGCUAUUGAAUAUCCAACGCGUGUCCAUGGCCUUGUACUUGUUCAUCCAACUGGUACAACUGCGGGUUUUAUGGAAAUGAUGAAGGACAAGCUUAAUAACUGGAAACUAAUCCAUAAAGGAAUGAAUCCUGACGCUGAAGCUUAUCUCAUUUGGCAUCGAUUUGGUCGAGAUGCAGCAAAGAAAAUUGAUCGAAAAAACUCUCUUAAAUCUAGCGACGAUCAGAACAAGAACAAGACUAGAGAUUUGCUGCAUGAAUGUUCAUUAACAUGUUUACUAGUUGUAUUUCAAGGUUAUGGUGAUUCUCAAUUACUUGAAGCAAAUAUUCGUGAAUUUUCGGAGAAGCUUUAUCAGAAGCGUACGGCAAAGAAUUUGGCAUUGUUUAUGGACGCAUUUUUGAAUCGCACUAAUCUGGUCGAUAAAUUAGACAAAUUAACAGUUGACUGUUUGGUAGCCGUCGGCAAGAAGAGCUCUGUAAUUAGUACGACAGAGAAAUUCUAUGAACGACUACGUGAUUCACGCAACAAUCCUCAAAAAAUGGUCAAUUCACCAUUGCUUAUUGCAGAUGAUGUUGGUGAUGUUCUUGGUGAAGCUCCUGAUGUCCUAGCCAAAUCAAUGCAAUUCUUCUUACAAGGCAUUGGAUUAUUAUCUGGCUUACCUAUGGAAGCAGGUUUAGUCGGUUUAGGACGUUUAUCUCGAGCAAUGUCCAUGGAAGAUGCUGAUCGGCCACGACGUAGCUCUGUACUCUCGACACCACCUACAACGACUUCACCAACAACAGUUGGUUCACCACCCAAAUUUCCUUUAUAA